CAGUGUGAAUGUUGCCUGUGAACAGUUCAUGUUCAGUUUUGUGUCUGCAGAGAAUCUCUCACUGCUGUGAAAUCCUCUGCUGCCCUCUAGUGGAGCUCAUGUUGAAGGUUCCUUCUCUCCAGAUGUUCCUCACAGUUCAGACGUGUUUUAUCUUCAGUUCGCUGCUUUUUCCUCCCAGAAUAAUCGACUUUCAGUGAGUUUUUCUCAUCCCUGAUUCUUGUGUUACAUUUUGUCUCAUGAUUAAUCAAAUUAAGCGUCUAACUGGUUAAAUAGAGGAGACAUAUAUGGGUCUAUAUGUGAUAAACUGAAGGACAAUUCUACCGUUUAUGUCCAAAUAAUGUAGAAUUCACAUUUACCCUCAUUUACACCAGCGUGGUUUGAUUUUCUUUAACAGCUUCUGCACACAAAAAAAAUAACUUUUUCAUAAAUCACAGUUAUUAACACUCACGUAGACCGACUGUGUGUGUUGAGUUUAACAACAUCACAUGUAAUAUUGAUUCUUCUACAUUAUAGACUCUCUACAGGGCCUGCAGAUGGUCCAAACGUCUUUAAAGGCUCGUCAGCUCACAGCACCAGAUGUUUUUAAUGUUUUUAAUCUCAAAGUCUUUAAAUGAAAUACUUAGUUAUGGGCCACACGUACAACAACAGAGAAAACAAAGCUACAGUUGGUCUCGAUCAAAUCUAAAAGAUGAAGAACAUGAAGUUGGAAGGCAGUGCAGGGGUCACAUGUGACCACUAGGUGUCAGAGUUUGAGCAGCUCUGUGCGCAGAGGAAACACUGCAGCACACACCUUUCAAAAUAAGUCCCUCCCGCAUAGAGGAGGCUUUUAUUUUGUCUUCACCGGAAGUCUUAUUUUGUAGUCGUCUGCCUGGCCUUGACGCAUCUUCUCAUGAGGCAGGUCCACGCGUCACACACCACCACUUUGUGUUGUGUGUUGCUACAUGGAGACAUGAUGUGACACUCGGCAGCGCGUAAUUUGCGCAUUUGGAGAUGUUCCGCUGUGCGCGCGCUGGUUCGGCUGCUGCUGUUGGAGCGAGUCCAGGGAUGCUGCCGGAGUGCCUCCGCGCAACGAGGGGCUGCGCCCUGCGCCUCUGCUGAGCGGACCAGACGUUUGAUUCGACUGCAUGGAUCACUCCCGGGACGUGUGAGCGUCUCCUGCGGUGCGCACUGACCCUCCUCCCCGCUGCAUCAUGGGGAACAGCUUCUCCAACCUGGCCGCCUUCACGUCCCUGCACAUCGUCAUGCUCGGUUUGGACUCUGCGGGGAAAACCACCGUCCUGUACCGGCUGAAAUUCAACGAGUUCGUCAACACGGUGCCCACCAUCGGCUUCAACACGGAGAGGAUCCGUCUGGGCGGCGCGGGGGCCUCCAGGGGCAUCAGCUGCCACUUCUGGGACGUCGGGGGCCAGGAGAAGCUGCGGCCGCUGUGGAAGCCCUACAGCCGCUGCACGGACGGCAUCGUGUACGUGGUGGACUCGGUGGACGCGGAGCGGCUGGAGGAGGCCCGCACCGAGCUGCACAAGAUCACCCGCUUCUCCGAGAACCAGGGGACCCCGCUGCUGGUCAUCGCCAACAAGCAGGACCUGCCGCGGGCGCUGGAUGUCGGGGAGAUCGAGAGGCAGCUGGCUCUGGCCGAGCUGAGCCCGUCCACCCCGUAUCACGUCCAGCCGGCCUGCGCCAUCAUAGGAGAGGGUCUGGACGAGGGCAUGGACAAGCUGUACGAGAUGAUAGUGAAGAGGAGGAAGUCUCUGAAGCAGAAGAAGAAGAGGAGGGAGUGAAGUCUGCGGAUGUGAGCAGAUUAUAUUCACGGUGAUGAAGGUGAAGCUGCAGAAACUCCAUUUAACAACACGCUCAUUUGACAAACAGCUGUAAUAUGAAUAAGAGUGAUGUGAUGCCAUGAUGAUGAUGAUGAUGGUGAUGAUGAAGGUGACAGAUCGUGUUGCUGGCAGCAGUGUGAACAGGACGGAUUCUCCUGGCACGGCUCCCUGCUGCGCACACACUGGUGUAAAUGUGAUGACUGACGCACACAGACGGUGUUACACCAAAGAUGAUUCCCCCGAGAAACAAACUCUCAUCCUUCCUCUCAUCCUUCGGUUCUGGAUGGUUCAGUUAAGGUCAUUUCUCAGCUGUAGCAGCGCUGUGGCAGAAAAAAAAUAAAUCUGAGGGAUAAAAAGA